AUGGGCGCAUCAGCUGACGAGGACUGGGAGUACGAGUACGAUGAGGUCGAAACAGACGACUUCUACAUCCCCAUUGAUCUGUCGAACGUCCCGAAAGGCCAGAAACACGUCGACAGCGAUCGUCGCACUGGCCAUCCCACACUCCUGAAGAGUCGAUUGCGCGCUCUCAACGCGCAGCGUGGCCAGCAAAAAGAUGCGCCCACGAUCGAAAAUGCCCGCAUCAAUGCCAACGGUGAGGAGGCAACAACUUUGGGCGAAGCACAGAUUAUCGGUCUGCACACCGAGAACCCGCUGGUAAUGUACAACGGCCAAUUGCUGAGUCUUCAGUGGGCGUCGACAAUUGGAACGGACAUGUACUUUGCAAAGCCGGACGCCGACACGGACUCCGGAGAAAAGCCACUUCGGUCGCUACCAAACGUGGACUUGUUAGCCAUGAGCUCUGCGAAGCUGGUAGCUAAAGUUGGGCGCUUGCGACCUGGAGACGAUCUCUUCAAGAGUCCUGUUGAGGCAGAAGCUGCGCAACCUGAGGUGAUUGCGCAAGACCUUGCUGCAACUUUGACACCGCCUCCAACUAGCUUCCUUGCAAGACUGAAUGCAGCAAAGGCCAAGCGAGGCGAUUCGAUGCGCCUCGCGAUCUCCAAGUCGGAAGAUGGCUCUCGGCUGGUGUCUGAGGUGGCAGGCGCUGACGCUGUACCAUCAGCCGCAUCCGGAUCUGGAGACGUUGAGAUGGGCGGCACAUGA